UGACAGAAACGCCACUUAUUCAAUGUGACUAAAUUUUUCUUCUAGCACAAUUUGGCCCUUUUCCGAAGAGGCUGAUUGAUGGUGGUUAGAUCAGUCAGCAACCCCGGACUUAACUUUGACGCCAUGGGUUACUUGUCUCUUCAGGGGUUCCGGACCCUGGAUGAGUUGAGGACGGACAGUGAUGUUGAUCUUUUGACUUUGAUCUUCGACUUUGAUGUCUCGAGAUCCAAGCAAGGGAGAAAAUUACCAACUCAAUGGCUAUCAACAACUAACAGGCCACAUACAAAGCAUGUGACAAACCUAAGGUAGACAACAGCCCUUUUUGAAGAGAGGUAGUAGUAUUUACCAAAGCGUAUCUCUCACCUCCACCACGGGUGAGGUCAGAAGCCAUGGCGAUAAACGACGACUCACCGUACCGCAAAGCGGCGGCCAAACUCCCCGUUCACUUCGCGAGUGUCCCACGAAAAAGAAGGGCUCUCCUCCUCGCCGUCUUACUCGCCAUCACCAUCUUCGUCCUCUUCAAACUCAUCACCCCCAGCCAAACCCUCCUCUUCUUCCUCUUCUCACCCGACAUUGCCGGUCCCUAUGGCGAACACUCCAGCUCAAGUCCAUCUUUCGGGGCGGUCAAAAACCAACAUGUCAACGACAUCCUGCAAUUCAUCGACCCCCUAAUCGGCACCACCAACGGCGGCCACGUCUUCCCCGGCGCCACGCUCCCCUACGGCAUGGCCAAAGCCGUGGCCGACGUUGCCUCGCCCGCCGAGAACGCCGCCGGCUUCGUGUCCGACGACAACCCCAUCACCGGCUUCUCGCACAUGCACGACUCCGGCACGGGCGGCCAGCCCUCUCUGGGGAACUUCCCGCUCUUUGUGCAUCCGGGCUGUAUAGACGACGACUACACCAAAUGCGAUUUCUCCCUCCACGAGCGACCGCUGAAGCGUGUUCCUGGUUCCGUCUAUGCUUCGCCGGGGUACUUCACGGUGAACAUCACCAACGGCGUCAGGGCCGAGAUGACGACUACCCACCACUCUGUGCUUUACCGCUUCUCCUUCCCGGGCACGGAAGAGGUGCACUACGCCAAGGGCGUGGCGCCUUAUAGCCCGUUGAUCUUGAUCGACCUGGUAGACUUGAUGAAUAGCCGCUCUAUGGGCGGGAUCCAAGUUUACCCUGAGACAGGCCGGAUCGUGGGUGACGGGCGGUACACGCCUUCCUUUGGUUCAGGGCAUUACCAUGCUUUUUUCUGCGCGGACUUUAAAGGUGCCAAGUUCAGGAAGACGGGGACGUUCGUGGAGAAUAAUGCUACGGAUGGAAAACAGUUCCUCGGGGGUGUUGGGUCCGGGUAUCAGGUCCCAAGGGGGUCGGCGGGUGCUUGGAUUCAGUUUGAGAAGCCCGACGAGGAGAUGAAGGACUCGAUACUGGCGAGGGUGGGGGUGUCGUUUAUUUCGGUUGAUAAGGCGUGUGAGAAUGCGGAGAGCGAGAUGGAGGAUUGGGACUUUGAGAGGGUGGAGAGGGACGCGAGAGAGGCGUGGAGGGAGAAGUUGGAUGUGGUGAGGGUGGAUGCGAGGGGUACGAGUGAAGAGUUGCAGACGACGUUUUGGAGCGGGCUGUAUAGGACGUUGUUGAGUCCGCAGAAUUAUACGGGGGAGAACCCGUUGUGGAAUUCGAGCGAGCCGUACUUUGACUCGUUCUACUGUAUAUGGGAUUCCUUUCGAGCCCAGCAUCCCCUUCUGACCGUCAUCGACCCAAAGGCACAAACCGAGAUGAUCAGGGCCUUGAUCGACAUCUACAGACACGAAGGCAAGCUCCCUGACUGUCGUAUGUCCUUCUGCAAAGGCUACACCCAAGGCGGCUCCAACGCAGACGUGGUCAUCGCCGACGCCUUCGUCAAGGGUCUCACAGCCGACAUCGACUGGAAGACCGCCUACGAAGCCGUUCUCUCCGACGCCGAAAUCGAGCCCCAAAACUGGGGUCUCUCCGGCCGCGGCAACCUCGUCUCGUGGCACGAUCGCGGCUACAUCCCCUGGAACGACGUGGACAAGAACGGCACCGGCCCCGCCUCGCGCUCCAUCUCCCGCGGCGUCGAGUACGCCUACAACGAUUUUUGCAUCUCCCUCCUCUCCCAGGGUCUCUCCAACUCCCCCUCCCUUCUUGGUGCUCCUUCUACGUCAGAAGUCGUAGACUCCUCCUACCACCCCAACAUCUCAACCCCCUGGACCUCCCUCACCACCGACCACACCAAAUACCACCACCGCGGCGCCAACUGGCGCAACUACUGGAACCCCUCAGCAAAAGAUCUCUUCCGGGACCGCUCCUUCUCCCCUCCCCCAGAAGUCGACUCCCUCUCCACCCCCCUCUCCAGCCAAAACGCUUCAUCUAUACCCGGUUACAUCCUCCAAUCCCCCUUCGUCGGCUUCCUGCAACCGCGCACCCUUUCAGGCACCUUCCGCUACCACCCCACGCGCACCUGCAGUCCCAUCCAAAACCAGCACUCAUGCUACUACGACACAUCGCUAGACGUCUACGAAGGGUCACCCUGGCUCUACUCCUUUUUCGCUCCGCAGUCCAUGUCUACCCUCAUCCAGCUCAUGGGCGGCCCCGACACGUUCGUCGAAAGACUGGAAUACUACCAUCAGUCAGGGAUAGCGUACAUGGGCAAUGAACAAUCGUUCCUCACCGUAUUCCAGUUCCACUACGCCGGUCGCCCGGGCCUGAGUUCCAAGUGGUUGAGAACUUACAUACCGCAAAUGUUCAACGCCAGCGUCAACGGCAUCCCGGGAAACGACGAUUGUGCCAUGGGCGCGUUUACCACGUGGGGGAUGGGUUUGGGGGGUUUCCCCGUUGCUGGACAAGAUGUUUACCUCAUCGUCCCGCCGUUUUUUCGCGAAGUGAAAGUGCGCGCGGGGGUUGAUCUUAAAUCCCCUUCCCCUCUUUCUCCUGACUCGAAGAAGGCAAAAUGGGCAGUGAUAAGAACCGUCAAUUUUGAUAAUGCAGAAAUGCAAGGCGACGGCACACCAGUAUACAUCCAGUCCGCCAAGUUGAACGGGAAGAGAUAUACCAAGAACUGGAUCACGCACGAGUUCUUUGAGCAAGGCGGGCUGUUGGAGUUGGUGGUUGGACCGGAAGAAGAUACAGGCAAGAAUGGUUGGGGAACAAACCAACAAGAUUUGCCGCCUAGUUAUUAUGAGGAUGAGAAGUUUUGGGAGGAGUGGGAGAGGAUGGAUAGGGAGAGGACGGAGAGGUGGAAGGAGGAGGAGGAGGAAAAGGCGAAGGAAGGGGGGAAUGAGGUUGAUGAUGGGUAUUAGAGAGGUUUUUGGAGUGAGUGAAGGGAUUGUAAAAUGUGAUUUUAUUUUGGUG